CUACUUUCUAUUAUUAAGUAUCCUCUUCAUACAGCAAGAGAAAGAGAUUGACUCAACGAUGAAGAAGAUGAGACUAACGAUGCUGCUAAGGAGAUGCAAGAGCGUGUCCACACAGCUGAGUCGUUCAAACUCCUACACAAGCCUCAGGUCCCAAUCUGCAAGAAGAGAUCCACAAGACGUAGACCAAAGCAGCCCUACCACACCGUCUUUGUACCAGACAGUGUUUGUAGGACGUACGAAGAAACCUUACUUGAUCAGUAAGCAACACCUGAAGCAUCCUCUACUCAACGCUCUUGUGGAGAAGCAACAGAGGUAUGAAGAAGAUGAUGAUAAUAACGAAGAUGGAAGCUGUGUUAUUAUUGUGAAAUGUGAAGUUGUUUUGUUUGACCAUCUCUUGUGGAUGCUUGAAAACGGAGACCAAGGACACAUACUUGAGUCUUUAGAUGACUUUGCUCAUCUCUAUCUAUCUCCUUGAUUAUGUUUCACUUGUUGUUUUUAUCCUUGUACUAUAAGUUUCAAUUGUUUGUUUUAUACAUCGUUUAAACUCUGAAGCCUUGGUUCCUUUACUUGGAAGUAUGUAGUUUAUCAAAUAUGUUAUUGAGUGCUGAUGGUUAACAAGACAUCCUACCAAAGUGUUGCUUCUUUUCUUUUUAUUAGAAAUGAAAAUAAUUG